GCACACAGCUGUGCUGUGCUCUGUGCAAGGCAUCUGACAUUUCCGGGAGCUGCAAGUCUCUCUCUAUUGGCUGGAGUCGGCGGAUCCCCCAGCAAAACCCUCCUCUCGCGAAAAAGGCCAGACUUCAAAUGAUGUUUUAAAGUGUAUCUGUGCUCCUCACUCCAGCGCUCAUCUCCUUCUGUUUCGUCAGCCAAGAACCUGACAGAUUUUACCUCUUGUACAGCAAAAGGCACAAAGGUGAAGUGAAAGGCAGGUGCUGUGUGCUGUCUCUCUCACUCGCUCUUCAUCUCUGUCUCAGUGAGUGCUACACAUGGGUUCCUCACUCCUGACCCGCCAGCUGGCCAUCUCCCUUCAGCAAAACCUGCGUCUCGCUGCUCCAGGCUCCAGAUAUGUCAGCAAAACUGCCACAAAGACAGUUUCAGAGUUUGAAUAUGACGCCCCAUCCAUGAAAACCGCUGUGCCAGGUCCAAAGUCCCAGGAGCUGCUGAGACAGCUUGGAGAGAUUCAGAAUGUUGGAGCGAUUCAUUUCUUCUGCAACUAUGAGGAGAGCAGGGGGAACUACCUGGUGGACGUGGACGGCAACCGAAUGCUGGACGUGUACACACAAAUCUCCUCUAUCCCCAUUGGUUACAAUCAUCCAGCCUUAAUGAAAGUGAUGACCAAUCCAAAUAAUGUGAGUGCAUUUGUCAACCGGCCAGCGCUUGGUAUUCUGCCACCUGAAAACUUUCCAGACAAACUGGUCGAGAGCCUGCUGUCGAUUGCCCCAAACGGGAUGACACGCGUGCAAACCAUGGCCUGUGGUUCCUGCUCCAAUGAGAAUGCUUUCAAGACCAUGUUUAUCUGGUACAGAAAUAAGGAGAGAGGAUAUGCCACCCCCUCUGAGCAGGAAGUUGGCACUUGCAUGAUCAACCAGAGUCCUGGAUGCCCAGAUUUGAGCAUCUUGUCUUUUAUGGGAGCUUUCCAUGGGAGAACUUUGGGUUGCCUGGCCACAACACAUUCAAAAGUCAUUCACAAACUGGAUAUACCGGCCUUCGACUGGCCUAUCGCACCUUUCCCUAAGCUGCAGUACCCUCUGGAGGAGUUUGUGAGGGAGAACGCACAGGAAGAGGCCCGCUGCCUGGAGGAGGUUGAGGAUCUUAUUGUGAAGUGGAGGCAGAAGGGCAAACCAGUGGCUGGCAUUGUGAUCGAGCCCAUCCAGGCAGAGGGAGGGGACAACCACGCUUCCCCUGACUUCUUCAUCAAACUGCGAAAUAUUGCGCGCAAGCACGGCUGUGCUUUCCACGUGGAUGAGGUGCAGACAGGUGGAGGAACAACAGGCAAGUUCUGGGCUCAUGAGCAUUGGGGCCAGGACGACCCUGCUGAUGUUGUCUCCUUUAGCAAGAAGAUGCUGACAGGAGGAUAUUACCACAGGGAUGAACUGCAACCAGACAAACCCUACAGAAUCUUUAACACGUGGAUGGGAGACCCCUCAAAGAAUCUGUUCUUGUCAGAGGUGCUUAAUGUGAUCAGACGAGAGAACCUUCUGGAGGAGGUGACACGCUCAGGGAAGGCUCUUUUGCAGGGCCUUUACGCACUGCAGACGCAGUACCCUCAUAUUCUGAGCAGAGCCCGUGGCCAGGGUACUUUCUGUGCCAUAGAUGCCUGCAGUGAUGCCACACGUGACAGUAUCAUGAUUAAAGCUAGGAACAAGGGUCUGUUUAUGGGCUCAUGUGGGGAAAAGACCAUCCGUUUCCGUCCCGCUUUGGUUUUCAAGGAGUACCAUGUCCAUCAGCUCCUGAACAUCCUGAACGACGUCCUGGCUGAGCAUAAAUAGAGUUCUGGCUGCCAGUUCAGCCUUGAUUAUGAAGCAUAUAGGGGUCCAAGCCCACUUAAGGGUUUAUACCAGCCUGUCACAAUUAAUUGGUCACUGUCUCUCUCUCUCUCUCUCUGUUUUUGUCCGCUCUCUUCCUGUCAUUGCUAAUUAAGAAGGUUAGAAAUCAUUUUUCUAUCUCUUUUUAUUUAGCCGACACAGAUUUUGCCCUGCCACCAUAUUUCUCCUCUUUUAACCGAGGGUAGACAAAUUAAAGAUAUGAAUGAGUUUGCAGGAAUUAUCCCAUCCCAUAUCUCAAAUUACAUAUAUAAAUAAAUCUCUCUUGAUGAAGUCAUUUGAAUAAAGCAAUAUAGUGACCACAGAGACAGGACGGGAUUUCUAAUCGCAAUACGUCUUAUGUCCCUUUAUAUGUCAAAUAGUAACAUGAAACAAUUAGUGAUCUAAUUGUGUACGACACCAAAACUGCAGAAAAGAAGCUAUUGUCUGAUUGAUUAUAUCAAAAUCGAACUAUUUUAUUAUCUACAGAGAAAUUGCUGCAUUUAAAAUGUCUGUAGUGUGUAAUUUUGCAUGAUGCAAGUUGGAAGUUGCAGAGUACCUGAAUAUUACAGUCCUGAAUUAAAAGCAUGUGUGGAAGACAAAUCGUUGGAGCAGCUAUGGCCUCAUUGCAUCCUGAGGCGCUAGAGAGAGCCAAUGGAAAGCUGGAAAAAGUGAAGUUGCAGAGAACUGUAGAGCCUCUAUUCUCAUUUUUAAUAGGACGUCUGUUGAGACAAAAACCUUCAAGCAAUCAGCAAGUCCCUUUAUUAAGGGAAACGCCUCUCAUUUGAAUCCCCCUGAGAUGUAUGAACGUAAUGUUGCCAGCACAAAACAUUUAAAGCACAAUCUGGUGUGGUAACAUGAGGGCUGUGAUAUGCUACAGAGAAUUAACAGGGUAAAUGAAAGGCCAUAAUAAGCGUUUAUUAUCUCAACCGUACGUCCACCUGAUCUAACAAUGAAAAUCUGUCAGAAAAGCACAAGCUUGAAGCCGCUCGGCUUAGUAUCCAUCCUCUGCUCAGGUGAACAUGAUCCCCAGGCCAUGUAAGAAAAGGUUGCGCUGGAUAACAACUAGAAGGUCAUCCAAACUUAAUGGUUGUCAGAGCCCGUAAACGUUUGUGAUCUUUGGGGUGAUUCUCCUCUUCCAGUUGCGCUGAGCUGACAGAGUACACGUCCCUUCAGCUUGGCUCGUUUUAAUAGUCUUUUUGUUUUUAAACACUUAAACCCUAAUACAUACUUACUGUAGUGAGAUUAUGCAAUGCUCAUUGUGUAAGUUUUGUUAGCGAACACUAACUACCAGAUAUUGUUUCCACUUUGUUUACAGCCACAUCAGAAUCGAAUUCCUUAUUUAACUGACAUUAGCAUUAAAUAAUAUGUACAAGAAUCACACCCUCUCUAACAUAGUGUUAUUCUUUCGUGAUAUUGUGUCCCAUAUGUUAGUGUAAUGUAGAAAUGUAAUUCAUGUUGUUUUGGAUGCCUUUAAAUGUUCCUUUUAAUGUUGUGGACAGGCAGCGUGCGACAAGAUGUGAAAGCUGUGCCUGUCUGUUCUCAGCAAAGUCAGUAUUUAAUUGAGAAAUGUGUAUUAUUGAUACAGAUACUAACAAUUCUAAAAAAAAAAAUUGCAGAUGUUUAGAGUUAUGUGUAGAUUAGAAGGAAAUUAUUGAGGUAAUUUCUACAUAAAGUCUAAAUGUUGUCUGAAGAAGUUAUAAAAUAAAUCUGACAUUUUGAUUAA